GUUGCAAAGCUUACAACAAGUGGUCAGUUCAGUCGAGUUGUAGAUACGGUAGUGAAGAAAGUUGUGGGAUCGUGAGAUCUGACAGUAUUUCCUUCUACAAGUUUGUUAUGAGAGUAGGCGAAGAUGGACGACUUGUUUUCGGAGGGUCUGUUCGGAAACGACGCAAACUCAAGCUUUAUGCAGUCUUUGGCUGAUCUUACUCAGGUAGAUGGUCCCGGUAGCAAUAAUUUCUUCCGAUACACUCAGUCCGAGCAAACGCCUACUACGUGCCACGUGGCGGCCAUGAGCAACCCAUCCACGAGCUGGAGUGUUCCCACUCUGGGAUCCAGAGCGCAUUCCCAAGAUCGAGUCAACAACUUGUGUGACCCGUUCAGUGAUCAACCUCUUGAUCAAUCACUUCUCGGCCUGACGCAGGAUUUUACUAGCUACAGAAGUCCUUCCCGGACCACUCCCACCACGUCAGCCUCGGGAAUGCUAACAUCUGUGUCAGUAGCUGACUUCACUGACCUGAGUCCUGGACGGACUGGCCCAGCAUCGUCAAUUGGAUCUCCAGCAGCAGCAGCAGCGACCCCAGGAUUACUGGCUUCUGCUUCAUCACCAGAAGGCUCACAGGCACCAGGGUCGAGCACUGUGUUUGGAGGUAGCUGUGUGAAUGGUACUGGUCAAGACAGACAUGGUCCUCAUCGUGUGCAGAAGGCGGGGGGUGCUGCAUCGCCUGGCUCUCAUUCACCAUGCGCCAGCGACGAGUACAAAAUGUCACAGGAGUACCGGAUGAAGCGCGAGAGGAAUAAUGCUGCCGUUCGUAAAAGCCGAAUCAAGGCCAAGCAGAAGUCAAAGGAAACGGAAGAGGAGGUGUCAGACCUUCGGCAGGAGAAUUUGGAGCUGAAGCGCAGCUUGGAUGCUCUGCGUGGCCAAUUGGAAACCCUGCGUGCGCUACAGCCAGACUUGUUUGAUGAGGAUGAUGGUCAGUGAUGCUACAAAACUAUCACAGUGUUCUUUGAACUGCUUUUAUUCUACAGCUGCACAUCAUAGCACUCCAUCGUAUACUUGCGAUCCCCUGCUUGUGUUCCUGAACCAUGUUUUAUUGAGAUCCUGGACGUCGGAUGAUCUCUUUUGUUGGACAAACGCGUUUGCGGUCUCCAUCCUUUCCAUUGUUCUAAUUCUUUGUCAUGUUCAUACUUCAGUUGCAUGGCCUUGACUUUCUCUUACUGUCCCUGCUGGUUCUAUGCUCAGUCUUGAUUGCUACUAGUGCAAUCAUGUUUUCUGUAAUCGAUCUCUGCAAUGUAUGCUGAAUUGCUCCGUCCUCAAGCCCACCUUGCCCGUUUCUGGCGGUGGUGUUGAAUCCCAACGACUUCCAUUGACUUCUUAUUAUUUUUACUAGAGAUGACUUUUUAGCUCCCUUGUGUCUUCUGAAUGAAGAAAACCCUCGUUUUAUUGUCAACAUUUUAGCACAUAUUCACCCGCGUUUCAAUGAUGAUCCUUCCUCAUAGCUGUGCUAUGCACCAUUUGCAAUCAUAACCUGACUUAUAUCUACCUAAUACUUAGCCCGGUUCCACAAUUAUGUCACUGAUUUACAUGUAUUUCGGUCACAAGUUUUUAUUAAUUGGGUCACUUUAGAUCAACUUGAAAAUUGAAAAUACAUGUAUACCACAAUA